CCGCCCACCGCCCACCCAUUGAAGCCGGGCCGCUCCAAGGACGACGCGGCAGCCGUAGCCACCAACGGACUCUAUUGUCUACACAGAAUGAAGCCUUGAAAGGACCAUAAGAAGAGACAAAACUGGAAAAUUAUAUAUAGUGUCUUGUUCACUAUAUGUUUCUGAACAUGCCAGACCUUCACAAACCAAUGCGUGCUUCUGCUCACUGUACCAACACUGACUUAUUUUUGAGCAGCGUUAUGUACAGUCAAGUACUAUUAUGUUUAUUUUUGCCUUGUUUCCAGAUAGUUUUGAAUACUGAAAGUUUAUAAAAGUAAUAGUAUUUGUUUGUUUUGCUGGAAUUGUUGUGCACACUGGAGAUGGAAAUUAGAUCAGAGGCAAUGGCAGCACUCAAAAGCCUGUCCUCAUCUUAGAAGCUCACAGCUUGGUACUCCAUCAAGCUGCAAACCUUUGGCUGAAAGUAAGAGUGUCUGAAGCAAACAGCUGUUGGUUCAGAGGUUCUUAAAACUAGACGGGGUGCAACCACAGGAGAGAAAUGCUCAUGUAAUUAACGUGUGUUCUAUUUGCAUCUUUGAGGAUUAUAGAAACCAACCUGUCUGAUACAUCAUGGCAUCCUCACCUUUCUUCUAGGGCUUGGUCUUAGCCCCAGUGGGUGGGGUCACUAACUGACUCAUCAUUCCUCACUUUACUGCCCUGGAAACACAUCUUCAUGACUCUUAUACCUACAGAGUAUUUAGAACAUCUGUUGUCAUCAUUCAAAGCUGCUUAAAAUGCCCAGCAUGAGAAGUAAAAACUGGAGUAAGUCUAUAUCCAGACUACUUUGUAGCUGGGAGGCAAGCAUAUUCAAAGCAGGUGGUUAUACAGGCAGAUAGCUGUCCUGUUUCUCAGUAUGGUGGCAGUACUUCCCUUGUGACCUGGAGGUGUCUGCCAUUAAAUCUCCUUGUGUUGGAUUGAGCGUGCACAGGUCACUGCAAGACAAGCUAGAGUAGAUUUGUGGUUUGUCAGUCAGCUAAUGCACAGGAGCAGCCUAUGAACGGAGUUGGACCUGGCAGUAUGCAGAAGACAUCUAUUCCUCAAAGAGAACAGGGUCACAGCAAGCACACAGGCAGUUUCCAUGGAGCGGCGAACCUGCUGUAAAUCCCCACCCAGUCUUGCCUCAUUGCAACACGUAUGUGUAGUCAUACCCAAAGCAAAGGUGAACAAAUAGAGCGAUGAGACGAGCAGAAAAAUCUAAGCCCACAAACAUCACUGAGCAAAGCACCGUGAGCCGCACAGAGCAGGGGUAAAGAAGUUAGGUGUGCCAUAGCUCACACUGUGAGGUGAAACUGAAAUAAAUGGCUUCUGUGUUGAAACACCUUUCCUUUCCUACUUUAUCCUGUAUUUAUUUAUUUAUUUACUUAUUUCUGUUUCGAUUAGCACUAGCUGCUACCAAAGUCCAUCUGUUUUCCUUUGCACUUUAAUUUACAGCCCUUGUUAGUCAUUUUAUUGCUUCAGGUUCUGAGGGAAAAAAACUUUUACAACUUGUGAUUGCUGAUCUCAAGCAAACCAGAGCUUUUUGACCUGGCACAGGGGGGUAAUUAUAGAGCCCAUUGCUUCUUGGGAGGGGCAUUCAAUAUUUAACAAACUGUGGCAAGUCUCGUUUAACCCUUUGGAGCUUGGACCAUUGGAUGGCAGUGAAAAAAACACAUGUUGAGGCUCUCCAGCUCACAAUGUAAUUCAUCUGUUUUUAGUCUUUUAAGUUUUGCCUUUCUGCUACUGAGCUUGGAGCUGUUUCUUUCAUCACAGCAUUGGGAGGAUAGGAGGCAAAAUACUUGCAUCAGAAAACAUGUCUUUCCUUACUUUGGAUAUUACUGCUGCCUUAUUGUUAGUUAAUCCUGUCAUAGUCUUCUGAGUGCCCUGCUGUCAAAAUAAAGUCUCUUGACAAUAGAGAAAUUAUACUCUCUUAAUUACCACUAUUGUUUCAUAUUACAGGGGCUGUGGUCAUGGACAAAGAUUCAGUUGUGAUCAGCAGCAUAAAAACAGUAUAAAUAGAUACCUUGUGUUUGAAAGAGUUUGCGAUCUGAAUUAUGCAACAGCAAACCGUGAGUUAAAGCUGAACUUAGGAAUGGGGCAUGAGAUCAGAAAGAUUUACAGUUUGCCCAACUCCAGAAUCAUAAGCCAGCUAACUGGAGUCUGAAGGCACUUGCCUAUUCCUCAUCCACGCAGCCGGCUGUUAGUUCAAGUACUGGCAAAUUCUCCUUCAGAAAAAUACUAGGGCAUUGUUUUGAAGGCACCAAACUUGUUACGUGUGUUAUUUCCCUAGAUAAAAAAGAUAGAUUUAUUUACUGGAUAGUAAGUUGCCCAUAUGUGCCACAAUAUUGUGUAUUACGGUGCACAUAUAUAUCAACAUUAAUGAGACCGUGCAUGCGUGUUGCUGUUCACUAGACGUGAAUGGGAAAUUUUCAGCUGGCGUGAUUUUAUAGAAACAUUUUAUUUUAUUUAAGUAAAAGCUCUGGAAGUUGUAUUGCUUCAGCUAUGUUUUCAUUGGUAGGAUCUUUGAAGCCUGGUGUUUGCUUGUUGUUCCUGAGAGGAAAGAGGGAAUACCUACAGACUGAAGUGUUUACAUUUUCCACUGCAAAUGUGGGUAGCCUCCACAUGCGCAGUAUGCUGGGAGCUCUGGGGCUUGGUCAGCACACCUGCUCCUUGCUCCUGCACCUGUGUCUUGGGAAGCCUGCUGCUCUGCAGCUGGAAGAAAUGGCUGUGGGUCAUGGCAGCACAGAGCAGUCUGGUUCAUUAGGGCUCUUUGCACAAUACAGGAUGAAGAAACUGCAAGAGCGCAACUGGGUAAUGAAUACCCAUGCUUAUUAAAUGCUCACUAACGUGCAAAUACCCAACUUCCAGUGGCUGCUAAAAGUUAAAAUGUUGUGAGAGACAUCAGGAGGUUAAAAAAAAAUCACUAUAUAGAGUACUGCACACCUCACGUCCUUUCCCCUUAAAGCAAACACGCACUUAAGAGGUGGGAGCUGCUGAUGUUGAGAGACACAGCGUUGGUUCCUCAUUAGCUUUGCUGUGACACGAUGGUGAAGACCUAGCAUAGUCUCACCUGUUUAUUUUGGCAAUUAAUUGGAACUCUUGAGGGACCUUGGCUCGCCACCAUGUGGCACAGCCUGGUGCGUGACACACCUCCUGCUGCCCACCUGAAGCCCAACGCCAUCAGAGCCCCGCAGCAGAAAAAGGUGGUCAGACCGAAUCGGCGUUCUUCCCGAAAGAGGCUAGGAAACUGUGAGAAACGUGUUCGUAAUGGUACCUGCGGACAGCUAAAGCCGCCGGGCCUUGUUAUUCAGCGCCAGGAGAUGACAGCUUUCUUUAAACUCUUUGAUGAUGAUCUAAUUCAAGACUUCCUAUGGAUGGACAGUUGCUGCAAAAUUGCAGACAAGUAUCUUUUGGCAAUGACAUUCGUUUACUUCAAGAGGGCUAACUUCACAAUACAUGAGCAUACCAGACUCAAUUUCUUUCUUGCUCUGUAUCUGGCAAAUACAGUGGAAGAAGAGAACGAAGAAUCAAAGUAUGAGAUUUUCCCAUGGGCUCUGGGAAAUAACUGGAGAAUGCUCUUUCCUGAUUUCUUAAAGUUAAGGGAUCAUCUGUGGAGUAGAAUUGACUACAGGGCUAUUGUAAGCAGACGUUGCUGUGAAGAGGUAAUGGCUAUUGCUCCAACACAUUACAUCUGGCAGCGAGAACGCUCUGUGUACCACAGUGGAGCCAUAAGGAACUACAACAAAGAUAAAAUUCUGCUGCCACGAGGACCUAAUAAUUCUCCUAUCCCCUGUUACGUCUGUGGUAACAAAGGAAGAUUUGUACGACUGGGAUUGUCAUCUUCCUCCUCAUCUGCUAGCAGUUUAGAAGAGUUAUGUUCAUCCCAGGAUUCGAAGGACACCUUUGCAAUUGAAAAAAUGCUAGUUGACUCUCCUGCUUCUGCCCAAGACUGUCAGAGCCUGUCCAGCAAAAGGAGAAGAGAUAAUACCUGGAACCAAGACAACUCCAUGGAUUGGUUUACAAUGAAUGAAGAAUGAAAUGCAUUGAACAAAGAAACAGAGGCUGUGCUUUGCCGAACAAUUGGUGUUGCACUGCCGUGCCAUA